GAACUAAACUGGUUUACUCCACAGACUCCACUGUUAUGAUCACAGUGGAUCACAGUAUGGCAUGUAUCGCGAUAUGAGUAACAAUGUCCUAUCAGGAGGCCGGGUUUUCUACAAUGUACGAUCGCCAGGACGAUUAUGAUCUCGAUGAAGAUAAUGAGGAGUUUAUGGAGGAGGAUAGGGAUGCCGAGGAGCAAGAUGAAAGCGAUGAAGAUACCGAGGAGGCGAGUGAAACCGACAUGGGGAAGUCUGAAGAAUAUACAGAAAUCAAAGAACAUAUUCAACCUUUUAGGAUAUAUCAGGAUAAAUUAGCCAGCUUGAAAAAGCAGCUGCAGCAAUUAACAGAGGGCACACAUCCAGAGUACAAUCGUAAAGUAAAACGAUUGGAAGCGCAAUAUAGAGAACGACUGAGACUGAAUCAAAUUUAUCGCGAUUACUUGACGGAAUGGGUGGAACGAGAUUACAUAUUGGAGAAGAAAGCAGCUGCGAAAGAGUUUGAAGAGAAAAAGAUUGAUCUUAAGGAAAAUCUACUUACUGAUAUGGAGGAAAAGCGAAAAAUGAUUGAGUCAGAUCGUCACACAAUGGAACUCACUGGCGAUUCUAUGGAGGUAAAACCGGUAAUGACGAGAAAAUUACGCAGACGUCCCAAUGAUCCAGUACCUGAAAAAGUAGAGAAGCGACGAAAACCACCUCCUGCACAAUUAAAUUAUGUGUUGGACGACAAAGACAUUGAACUAGACUUAAAAGCGAUCAAUCGUGCAAAAGCGCCGACCACCAUUCGCAAGCCAGUAGUUUUACCACAUUUCAAUGCGGUAAAUAUUCCGUCACAACAUAUAUCACAACCGCCUGAAACACCACUAGUGGAAACUCGGAUAGAGGACGGGAAAUUAUUAUAUGAGCGAAGAUGGUUCCAUCGUGGUCAACCUGUCUAUGUCGAAGGCAAGGAUCUUAAUAGAUUCGCUGCGAACAUUUCCGCAAUUGGCACCGAAGCGAUCUGGGUGAAAAAGGUAUCGGACAGCAGCAAAGUACGGAUUUAUACAUCACAGUUGAGUCGUGGAAAGAUCUCUAUCAAACGACGGGCCUCCUAAUUAACUCCUUUAUUAUUCUUGUCAUUUAUUAUCAGACUUGCGAUGUAUCGCACCUAUUGUUUCUAGUUAAAAUGGUAUUUCCCAGCAUUAAAUCAACGAUUUUUACGCUACUGGUUUUCUGCCACCAGUAAAACCAUGCUUUUUGAUGAUAUUGUAGCGCCAUGUAAAUCCAGAUGAAGAAUGAUAGGAUUAAUAGUGCCAUCAUUGACAGCAAGGAAUAGGUGGUCCAUCGUGCUGGUGGAAAAUUGUCGUAAUUAUUCCUAGCAUAAAAAUCAGCAGCCACUACACAGAUGUAAGAACACGCGAUGGUCACUGGGGUGACUAAAAGACAUCUCAAUAGAUCUGCCUUUACAUUACGAACGUAUAUCUGAUGCUCAUUCUGAUUCAGGCACAACCAAACUCCGAUAGACCGAAGAACUUUGUAACGAGGCGUUCGUUCCAUCCGGAACUCGUGACCACACAAUUCACAAUUAUUCCUAUUGCUCUCUUCUAACCAUCGUUCCAAACAUUUUAGAUGGAUGGCGCCCAUCGUUCCCUAAGUCCAAUUAUCAUUAUUGUAAUUGUGUAAUUAUUGAUAUGAAAUUCUUUUCAAAUAUAUUUGAAGAAUAUAUUUGAGU